AUGAUAGAUGAUGAUAAUGAUGAUGAUACAAGUCUAGAUGUUAUAGUCAGUGCUAUCAAAGUUUUAGGCCAACAUGCCUUCUGCACGGUGAAGUCCUCAACGCCACACAAUCACAUUGACUUCACCUCGUCGUUAAAUAUGAGAAAGGCAGCAUUAGUUGUUGGUGCGUCUCGUGGGAUUGGGAGGCAGAUCGCUCUGACAUUGUCAAGGAAUCACUACGAUGUGGGCGUGGCAUCAAAGACUGAGAAAUCCACCGAGGUACUACCUGGGUCCAUUUACACAGUCACGGCCGAAAUCGAAGCCGAGGCCGGAAGGGCUACACCUAUUGUAUGUAACGCUCGGAAAGAAGAAGACAUCAGGAAUGCAGUCACAAAAUGUGUAAAAGAGUUUGGCCGGUUAGACGUGGCCGUCUAUAACGCUGGGUCCAUUACCUGGGAAAAGGUGAUCAAUACAAACACAAAAAGAUUUGACUUGAUGAAUGAUAUCAAUGCACGAGGAGCUUACAUAAUGGUACAGGAGGUCCUUCCUCAUUUUCUGGAACAAAAAUCCGGCAAAAUUAUAUUGGUGUCACCGCCCAUAUACAACAGGUUUUUCAAAGGGAAGACAACGUAUGCCAUGUCAAAAGUAAGCAUGACAGUCCUUGUCCACGGACUGGCUAACGAACUUCAAGGAACAGGAGUUUCAGUUAGUGCCCUGUGGCCUGCUACAGUCAUCAGAAGUCACGUUACUGACAAAAUGAAAGUACCCUUGAAACUAAUGAGGACGCCCCAUAUAUUUGCUGACGCCGUUGUUAAAAUUGCUGAGGAUCCGACAGAAAGGUUGAACGGUCAGGCACUGAUCGACGAAGAUUAUCUGAGAACAGUUGGUGUAUACGAAUUUACUAAGUAUCGAUGUGAUAGCGACCAUGAACCUCCUCGCAUGAUGCCAAAACAAUUUCCCUCACUAUUGGUUGAAGAGGAGGACCAAAACGUUCCUAUUUCAACAGCAAAGGAGAACAUGAAAAGCGAUAUAGACAGUAAACUAUAAAUUCGUGUUCUGUUUCCAAACCGUCACUCAGCAGCACUGGCAAGACGACAUAGGUAUACAUUCAUUUAUAAAUGUGGGCGAGUGUUUAUGUUUCAUUUUCAAUGUUCGCUUCUUCAUAAUGUUUGAAAUAGGAUUUUUUUUCUUGCAAAUUCGCAUAAAUGUCAUUAUCGAUUGAAGUGAUAUGGAAAAUAUCUAUCAGUGAUUAAAGGUGAAUCUGUGGUAACAGUAGAAUGCCUUUACUAUCUCGCUUUGUUAGCAUUUCUAGUGGUAUAAGGCUCGGAGUUCCCUUUUUAUUAAAAGCAUGUGUUGAUGUUCAGAUAAAUUUUACCCUCAAAUAUCAAUGCUGGGAUAUAUUAGCUCUAAUUUUGAGCCGCUGUGGUGAUGCUGAAAUUUCUAAAUCCUCAUGAAACUGUUGUUGUUCCCACUGAAAACGCAUGUUUCGUCUAUAUAUAGGAUAAAAAGGAACUGGGACGAACACUUGACAUAUUAAAUCUGUGCUGUUUAAAUUGAUUACAAGAAUCACACAUUUCUACUUCUAACAAAAACACCUGUUGCUUUUGUUUAGAUAAGAGAACGGAAAGCUACAUUAAAGCUGAAACCUUUUAGCAAAACUGAUGUACAGAGAACUGCGUGUAUAUGGUGGUUGUAUUAUUUUACCUGUAUGUUGGUUUAUCGUGUUGACACACGUCAGUGUAAUGAUUGAUGUGAUUUAAGUGAAAAAUAAAACAAUAAAAUCAAGUGAAUUAAACAGAAUUGAUAAAUCUACCUCAAAUACCGAUUCCAGCGAGAAACUAGUGAUGUUAAUGAUCGGGUCAUAUUGAUUGAUGUUGAUAUUGGUAUUUGGUAAAGCCUUCUAAUAUAUAUCUUUAUAUAUCCAUGUUGAAUAUUGCUUACAUGUCGGGUAAAUAAAA